GAAAUAACUAAUGAUAUCUGGACUACUUAAGAAGCGGUUAAACAAGUGGUGAACCAUUUUCAACACUGUCACAGAAUCAGAGGGGAUGCGCUGUCUUGGUAUAUUACUGUUCUGUGUUCUGGGAACAGGCCUUGCUCAUGGCCUCGAAGACGAUAGCAUUACCGACGAUAUUAAGCUAACGGCUGACGAGGCAAAUGGUUUCAUGGCGCAUCCUAGAGUACGAAGAGGAUUGCAUCAUGAGUGCUAUUCUGAGGGAUGCUCGUUCGAAGAGGUUCGAGAAGUCCUGGGACGAUCACAAUACGCGUAUGAGUACUACUACACUUAUACCUGUAAUAAAUUCAAAAGGAAUUGCAAAGUAAGAUGCAACUACCGCAAGGAAUGUACAUUUGGUGCCUGGGGUAGCUGGACUAAACCCGAUAUACCCAAGUCUGAUAAUUCAUCUACUGGCUGUUACAAACAAUUUAGGUACCAACCAUACCAACACCCCCUACAGACAACAUAUCAACGAUGGAACUGUAAUGGUCUUAAGACGAGUUGCCCUGCAACCCCAUCUGAAAGCCGCCUUUACUGUUUGUGCAAGAAAGCUGUCUGUAAUGAAGGAUCCUGGUCAUCCUGGGUUGGUAUUGUCCCUAAAGGAAAAUGUACCAAACAAACUCGACAGCAACCCUAUCGAGUCACGUGGACGACUGAAGCAAGCAUUGGAUCCUGCCAAGGAGUUUCUGACAAGUGUCCUGCACCAAACGUUGAUUUGAGGAAGAGAUGCAGCUGCAGCAAAGCUGUUUGCAGCCUUGGGAACUGGGGGUCGUGGUCUGGUAACGCUGCUCAAGGACAGUGUGGAAGUCAAGUUAGAACACGUUCGUACUCUAAAAGUAUUGUCUAUGAAGAACGACAAAGCUGCGAUGGUGUAUCUAAAGACUGUCCAACAGCAAAAAGUCAAACAAGAAAGUUCUGUAGCUGUAAAUAUGCGAUCUGUAAACUGGGAGAAUGGUCCGAGUGGAGCCCACAGGCACUAGCUAAAGGCUCAUGUGGUCAGCAGCAAUCCCGUCAAAGACGAUACGAACUUACAGUAGCCUAUCAGAAUCAUGUGGGCCCCUGUCCAUCCCUUCCUCAAAAGUGUCCUGCAGACAUCGUGGAAAAGAGAGAGCAGUGUUCAUGUGCCUAUCGAGAUUCUUGCGCACUUGGCGCCUGGAGCGAAUGGAGUGCAGAUGUUACUGAGGAAGGAUGCAAGAUACAAACACGAACAAGACCUUAUAAAUCACCCCUGAAGCACGCUCAGGGUGAUAGUUGCAAAGGUCUCAAUACUGAGUGCGUCGAUGAACCCAAGGAAAGCAGGACUUUCUGUAAAUGCAAGUACUUACGAUGCGACAUUGGCGUGUGGAAUGAAUGGAGUAGUGAUGAUAUCAGUGCUGGUUCUUGUGGAGAGCAGAGAAGAACAAGGUCCUAUACAUCCAAAGAAGUCUUUGAAAACAGAGUCGACAACUGUAAUGGACUCCCAACUGUCUGCCCUAGUGAUCAACAUCAAACGAGAUCAAUGUGUAAGUGCAAGACCGUCACAUGUGAGGUGGGUGACUGGGGUCCAUGGCAAGGUGAUAUACCUUCAGAUACUUGCUCUACGCAGACUCGCAAGAAGAGCCUCUCAGCUAACGAAGAGCUCAAGUACCAAAAAAACACAUGCGAAGGUCUGCCAACCAAAUGCAGCGAGCCGCAACCAGAAUCAAGGAAAAUGUGUAACUGUUCACAUCGGGAGGACUGUACACUCAAGGAGUGGGGAUCUUGGAGUGGUGACGUCCCAGAUGUUGGCUGUGCAGUGCAGAUCAGGAAUCGUGAAUACAACAAGUCUAUCAUUUACAUCGAGAAAGAGUCUUGUGAGGGUCUCGAUGUCUGUCCUGCCAUUAGAGACGAAACAAGAACAAAAUGUAACUGUAAUCAGAUCAUCUGCGGCUGGACAGAAUGGUUCCGUGCCGGGUAUGACCCAGAGACACGCUGCUACGAGGAAGUGCGCGUCAGGAACAUGUCUUCGGGAUUCAAGAAGAUUGAAAGAAUGGGAAGCUGCGAUGGGAUCCCAACAUUCUGUACCGAUGAUAACGUGGAGAAACGAAAGGAUUGUCAGUCUGGCGGUGGUGGUCACGUGAUCGUUACCAGUCCCCCUGUCACGACACGUGCAACAACUCUUCCCCCAACUACAGCGUUCGUUCCAGCAACAUACGUCUCACUGGGUUGCUUCGCGGAUUCUCAGAGCAACAAGGUUCGUUCAAUGUCUUUACUCUACCUAAAUCUACGGUCACAAGUUGAUUGGUAUGACCUGAAGAAAACCGUUCAAGGAUGCGCAAACGCUGCCAGAGAAAGGAGGUUCAAGUAUUUUGGGGUACAGUUCUUUGGUGAAUGCUGGGGAGGCCCCAGUGCUGGAAAGACAUUCGCACGUAAUGGUCCUUCGAAUAAAUGCUGGAACGGAGUUGGACAACAGUGGGCUAACGCUGUUUACAGAGUAGAAGACAUGCCAGCUUGUUCUGAAGAGAUGAAAUUUAACGCUCAAGUCAGCAGUGGUGAUGUGUCCGAGGGCAGCUGGUGUGCAGGAAAUGAAGAGAAAUAUCAAUGGAUUGUAUUGAAUUUGGAGAGUGCCAAGAGAAUCACAGGUAUUGGAACGCAGGGAGGUAACAAAGACAGCUGGGUGACCGUCUACAGUCUUGAACACAGCGAGGAAGGAGAGUCAUGGAUGCCGUAUAAAGAAGAAGGCGUAACCAAGAUUUUUGCAGGGAAUUCUGAUCGAUUCACCCUCGAAACUCAUUGGCUUAAAUUCCCCAUCAACGCUCAAUAUCUGAGGUUCAAGCCAAAGUCAUGGACCUCGACUCAUGUCUGUAUGAAGGUUCGUGUGUAUGGCUGCAAUGAGUGAACCACAAGCUAGACGUUCGUGAGAUUCAUUACCGCAUCAGAAAUCUAGACAAUGGGUCUCAACCACCUAUUGAAUCAGUUUGAUUUGGUGUGAUCAUCUUUAGUGUAUUAAUAAAAGUAUUACAUCAUUA